AUGGGGUCAGAACUUAUUUUAUUGACCGGAGCCACGGGUCUUAUUGGCUUCCGUGUACUCGUCUUCUGCCUGCGCCAGGGUUAUCGAGUGCGUGUUGUCCUGCGCGAUCUUGUCAAGAAACCGGGAAUUCUUGACACGCCGUCAAUCAGGGUCCUUGGGACGGAAAACAACCUCACCUUUGUGGAGAUCCCAGACAUAUCCAGUCCUGGGGCAUUCGAUGACGCCCUCAAAGAUACAAACUAUGUGAUUCAUGCUGCUGCCCCGAUCGCUUCUGCCGAACCAUCAACAAUCGGGAAAGACCUAGCAGUACACUACUUGAAGGCUACAACAGACGCGGCACUCUUCUUGCUCUCCUCGGCAAAAGCACAUCCCACAGUCAAACGAGUCAUGCUAACAAAUUCACUCGCCGCCCUCAUCGACUACAUUACAGAUACAGAUGAGACUAUCCAUACAGAGUCGACAAGGGCUACAAACAUCCAACAACCCCCAUUUAGAUCCCCUGCUGAAGCUUACACUGCCGCCAAGAUAAUCACACUAAAGUUGACUGAAGAAUGGGUCGAGGCACAAAAGCCAGCAUUUGAUCUUGUGCAUAUGGCACCGGCCCAUGUGUUCGGACCGAACGAGCUUGUUACCGACCCAAAGAAACUAUUGCAGGCUGGUUCAAAUAGAAUUAUCCUCGCACCCAUUACUGGGAAAGCAUACACUUGCGAGCCAGGAGUAACAGUGCAUCUUGAUGAUGUAGCUGAAGCUCAUGUUCGCGCUUUAGACACAAGCAUUCCUGGAAAUCGACUCUACAUCCUGUCUUCAGGUGGGUUGCAAGGCACCAGGCUCGAAGACUGUUUUGACAUCGUAGCACGGAACUUUCCAGAGCACGUUGGCAAUGCAUUACUCAACAAUGGAACCCUGCCUACUUCUGCUUUUAGGGUGGAUGCAAGCGAGUCGGCACGACUGCUGGGGAUCAACUUCAUUCCGUAUGACCAGCAAGUGCGUGAUACGGUUGGCUAUUAUCUUGAUUGUGUCCAAGGAAAGUCCCACUUGAUAGCUUCAGAUUAG